UCUUAUGAACCUUUCCUCCCCUCUGCCUUUUCCUCCCCUCCCCUCCCCAGUUCAGAUCAGCUCAGUACACUACUGUACUCUCCCCAGUCACCCGGCAGUGGCAGCAAGCAAUACAAAAGUGCUUACGCGCUCUCCCCGCAGCUUCACUUUCUGCUUCGUAUUCACCAGCCCGGUUGCCAUCAAUCAUGGCCGCCGGAGUACAAAUCUAACUCCCCGUCUUUCCUCCUUGUCGCGUGGACAGGAGGAUUACUGUCAUUUUUUUAUGGUGAUUGGAGGAAGAUAUAUCAUCCGAUUUGUUUUGGGGAUUACAAUACGUUUCACGGGGGAAGGACCAUUCAUGUCAAUACUCCAAAAUGCAGCCGCCGCCGAGGAAGGUUAAAGUGACACAGGAGCUGAAGAACACGCACACGGACCAGCUGACGAGACUGCACUUUAAAAAUCAGACUGAAUGCGACCUGCUGGAAGACAUGAGGAGCUACAGUCUGAAGAAGGGACAGCUUGAGAAGGAUUAUGCACAGGCUUUGCAGAAGUUAGCCAGCCAAUACCUUAAGAGAGACUGGCCUGGAAUCAAUCCUGAUGACCAGAGAACAGACUACAGGAAUGUGUAUGCAGUGUGGCGGUCUUACUUAGAGGGUACAGUCCAGGUGAGCCAAUCUCGACUCAAUGUGUGUGACGACUAUAAGAGUCAAGUUUCAGAUCCUGCAAAGACGGUCAGACUGUACAAGGAGCAGCAACUAAAAAAGAUCAUCGAUCAGUUGAGUGGUAUUCAGGCCGAGCUGCAGGAGUCGGUGAAGGAAUUGGCAAAAGCCAAGAAAAAAUACUACGACUGUGAGCAGGUUGCCCACGCGGUACGAGAAAAGGCAGAUAUAGAGGCCAAGUCUAAACUGGCUCUUUUCCAGUCAAGAAUUAGCCUUCAAAAAGCGAGUGUAAAGUUGAAAGCAAAGAGAAGCGACUGCAACUCGAAAGCAACACAGGCCAGGAAUGACUACUUACUAACACUAGCCGCCGCCAACGCUCACCAUGACCGUUACUAUCACACAGACCUACUCCAAUGCAUACAGGCCUUGGACGGCAGGAUCUAUGAGCACGUGAAAGACUACUUGAUAGCAUUGUGUCGCACUGAGCUCGAAGCCUCACAAGCGUCACAUAACACCUUCCAGUUCCUGUUGGACAAAUCCACCAGGAUAAUACAAGAGUUCAAUCAGCAGUUGUUCAUGCAAGAGAACCCAGUUUUCCACAAAGCACACGACUUCCAGUUCCAGCCCAGCGAGUGUGACAAGACUCUGAGCUUGGUGCCGCAGUUGGUGGACAUUGAGCCUUCACCCGUCAGUGCCAUGAGAAUGACCCUGGCGCAGAGUCGUCAGCUGGAGUCAGAGAUGGGGACCACAGAGGAGCACAGCCUGAACAAGGAGGCCAGGAAAUGGGCAACACGAGUCGCCAGAGAACACAAGAAUAUCAUACACUACAAGAGAGUGAGACACCAAAAUUCACUGGAGGAGUGUGAGAGUCAUGGUCUGCCCCCCACUGAACAGGGAAGAGCAGAUAUGGAGAUGAAGAUAGAGGAAUCCAAAGAAAACAUACGCAAAGCUGAGAUAAUAAAGUUAAAAGCCGAAGCACGUUUGGACCUCCUGCGGCAAGUGGGCGUUGCUGUGGACACCUGGCUGAAGAGCGCCAUGAACCAGGUGAUGGAGGAGCUGGAGAAUGAGCGCUGGGCCAACUACACUUCCCACGAUCCCUCACUGUCGGGUACAGUUGACCUUGAGCGUGAAAACGGCGACGAGUGUGAAGAGAAUAUGGAGGUUUUCGACGACAGCAGCUCCAGCCCUUCGGGAACCCUUCGCAACUACCCGCUGACCUGCAAAGUCCUCUUUUCAUACAAGGCUUCUCAGCCCGAUGAGUUAACCAUUGAUGAACAGGAAAUGUUGGAGGUCAUUGAGGAUGGGGACAUGGAGGACUGGGUCAAGGCUCGCAAUAAGACGGGUCAAGUGGGUUACGUUCCUGAGAAAUACCUCCAGUUUCCCUCGUCCAACAGUCUGCUGAGCAUGCUUCAGUCACUGGCAACACUGGACGCUCGAUCGCAUACUUCUUCCAAUUCAACCGAACCAGAGUUACAGUCUGGCUGUAUCAACGGGGAUACUAAUAUGGUCUACGUACGAGCACUUUAUGAUUACGAAGGCCAGGCGGAGGAGGAACUCUCUUUCUCGGAGGGCGCAGUCAUUCGCCUUUUAAGCCGUGAUACUCAGACAGACGAUGGCUUCUGGGAAGGGGAGCUUAACGGAAGGGUGGGCGUCUUCCCCUCUGUUUUGGUGGAGGACCUGACAGAGAAUGGAGAGACCGGAGUGGGAGGGUCCAAUGACAUACAGAUUUCUCCCUCUGCGAAGCUGCCAUCAUCUCUUCCCCCUCUUCCACUGUAUGACCAACCUCCCAUAAGCCCUUUCACCAGCCCAGAGAGCUCGACCCCGACGUCCCUCCCUCGCUCGCCCUCUGUGGCGCUCAACGGGGAUCACAAGCUUCCACUGCCCGCCUCGUCACACAAGGCCCCAUUAACCGCCGCCAAUCAAAAUUCUGGCAGGAGUCCAGUGUCGCCUGGGUUUCAGACGCAGCUGUCUCGGUUCCCCCCUGACGGAGGUCCAGGAAAGCUACGACCUGUGCGCGCCGCUCCUCCGCCGCCCAAGCAGCCGUCCCGCCGGCAACACGGGAAGAGCGACAAGACGGAGGAAGUGGAGAUCACGCUGGUGUAAACCGCCGCACUUGGUCAGACGCGCACUCCGUUACACCCUUCACCGAUGGCGGCACGUGUCCAACUAGCACAGCUCCGAUCUCGAAUCAAACGAACGAAAACGGGACCGAAUUACAUGGAACCCACUGAGCGAGCCCGAAGACCGCCCCCCCCCCCCCUCUCUCGAGCGAGCCCUCGUUCUCCGUCAUCCUCAAGUUGUGCAAGAGGAACGAGCGCAGGGUGCUGUGAGGGGCGGGGGGGUCCACUUAACUAUCCUCUGUAUUUUGCUUCCUAAUGAAGUGCAGUGCGCUCUCUCACCUGCUUCCAUCCUUGCCUUAAAACUUCACCCGAUUGGGCGACGGCCCAGCGCACACUGAAGAGGAGGACACGGAAGAAUGUUUGCAGAGGGAAGAAGUGUUUUUUUUCUGACUUUAUUAAGUUUUUUUUUUUGUAGCUGCGAAACUGCUGUAUUAUUACGACACAUAAUCGGGUAUGGAGACUUGACGGGAAAUAAUUUGUAUGUUAUCAUCAUCAAUCUCUCUCAAUGCAAUAAGUAUGAGCUCCGACACUUCAUUAACAGGAUCAGGUCGGUGCAGUUUUUUGGGUUGCAAACCUGGCCAGAGUCUGUUAUUCCAGCCCGGGUCUCACGUGGAACCGCUGGCUGCUCUCCAAUUGCCCAAAAGGCACCGUUUUUUGCCCCCCGUGUAAGCGAUCAGUGUGGGGUGGGGGUCUGCGUACCACGCAUGGAAGUGCAGGGGGAGGCUUGCCGAGGGCAGUCGUACACGUAUCAUAUAAAAAGUUUGUCGCUGCAUGUUAAAACAAUUUUGAAAGUUUUAACAUGCAACUGACAGGAAUUUGUUUUUGCUCAGCGUAUAUUCAGUUCUUUCAUGAUUCACGCUGACUUACUGUGCCUUUGGUAAUCUUGUGUUAAGCAGCAAGGACAAAGAAGUAUGUGUUGCGUUCCUCCGUUGCAGUAAACGAUAUUUCCUCUUCGCCGUCACAAAAACCAACACGACGUCGUGUUGUUGUGAAUCACCUUCAGACCAAUAAAACAACAUUCGAGCGUAUAAUUAAUGUUAUUUCCGUGAAAAUUUGAUUGGAUUCAAAUGGAGAUGUCCCUCUGUAAAAAAAAAAUAUAUAUAUAUAUAUAUAUAUAUAAUAUGUGUGUGUAAUCAGAGACUCAAGGCCCAUAACUGAUUGAUUGGUGGUAAAUCACUAAAUCACAAGUCAGGCUUCAUAAAGUAAUGCGAAUAAGCAAAGGAUAUCCCACUCCCAUACCAUUUAUAUCUUCUCAUCAUCCGCCAGUGCUGUACGUAUUUCGUGUGUUUAGUACAGUACAUUACUGUCGUCAUAGGAAUGUUAUGAGCAGCGUUUCAUAUUCCGGUACUGUGCGAAACGAGCGAAAGAUCCGAUUCUGAAAGCGCGUUGUAAAUAAUAAAGUCGGAAAGACGGCCCGGAAGGAGACGAAGAAGGGAAAAAGAGAAAAGGAGAGGCUGGAUCCUCCCGUCUGCUCUUUUUUCCAACUCUUCCUCCAACUGUUCCGUCUAACUUUUCUCAAAUGUUUGUACUGUUGGUUGGCGCCGAGUGCGACCCGAUAGCUGUUGUUGUAUUCACAUACAUACGCAUACUCUAUGCAGUUAUGUCCCAUUACACACACCAUGUACCGUUUCUUAGGGUCAUCGAUUGGUUGAAAGUUAAUUCCCGUUAAAAGCAACGAAAUAUUUGGUGUUGAAUUUGUUUUCAUGGGAAUUAUACGGACAGUCAGUGUUUCUGGCAUAGAGAUUUACUGUUUUGUUUUUUGUUUUUUUUUGGGGGGGGGGGUUGUGAGGACUGCUUGUGUUUGCAUCAAGUAUGGAAGGAAAUGUGCCACCAAGAUUUGAAUUAAAAAUGCUACUGAAAAUUUCAUGCAAAAUUCACAUUAUUUCAACGUGAUCACAUUUUCUAAUUGCUGUAUUUCAGUUCAACUUUUCAAUGUUAACAAAUUCAACCUUUAAAAUUCAAACACAAUAUUUUCCGUCUCCUGAGAUUCAACUCGCUACAAUUCACUGUUUGAAAUUCACCGUCUGACACCCACCCAAUCCCGUUAUCCUUUCUUAGUAUGUGACGUCACGUGUAACCGGAUUGGCUGGUUGUUAGCCGAUAAAUUUCAGACAGCGAAUUGUAGAGAAUUGAAUCUCACGGGACUGAAAAUACUACGUUUGAAUUUGUUAACAUUGAAAAUUUAAACUGAAAUCCAGCCAUUAGAAAAUGCGAUCACUUUGAAAUCACAAUGUCAAUUUCACAACAUGAAAUUUUCAGUGGCAUUUUGAAUUCAAAUCCUGGUGGCACAUGUUUACUUCCAUAAUCAAGCCCCAUAUUCAUCAUUUUUAGUAUAAUUUCUCGCUGUCUUGAAUCGGUGCUGGCAAGAAUAGAAAGAGAAACGCUGAACGGAUGAAAAUGACUUUCAGAGUGCGCCACGUUCAAUUUAGUUUUCCUCAAUGCGGACGGACCCCUCAAGCCUUUAAAGUACUUGCCAAAUGGCAGUGUAGCACUUUUUAUUUCUUUCUACAUCCCCCUGCAAAGUAGCAACAACUCCACUGAAGAUCUGAUGCCGGUGUCAGAUUCCCUCGUCACUCUGAAUUUGAAAAUGGCCUCAUUUCUUUCGGCGUGACUGCCGUUUUUAUUUCGUUUUCUAAAGAGAGACAUUGUGACAUUUGCGCAACUCAGAAAAUUGAAAGGAUUUGUACUGUUAGGAUAUUUCCAGUGAGGGUGUUUUCAUUUGUGUGUGUGUGUGUGUUACAAUGUCUCGCUGAUUCUGUACAAUCAAAAGAUUCAAAUAUCAGUUUAAAUCGAUAUUUUCUUGUAUAACAGUUCUACGUAAUUUAAUUUGGAGAAUUGAAUUUCACAUUUGGGUGUUUCACCCACACUUAUUCAUUUGUGUUGAAAUUAGAGACAGGCAUAACAUUUUUCAACUAAUUUGAUGAUAACAAUUAACGGAUUUUUUUUUUGUUAAUUUAGUAUUUAAAAAAAAAUCCUGAUGCCUGUGUGGAACUAAUUUACAUUUAGGGAAAAAAAGAAAAGAAAAAGGACCAGUGUGGUGGUUUUCUGUUUCUAUAAUCUCAAGAACACUGGUGACAAAUUAAUAAUCAUUUUUCAGUGCUGAGACAUUAGACGAAAUAUGACAAACGGUGAAUAUUUAAUCGAAAUGUCAGUGUUUGUGUCUUUAUAACGAACAAAACGAUAGUAUUGUUGCAGUUAGGAUGUAGGAGGGGACAAAAGUAGGUAAAAUGUGCUACCAUCAGAAAUAGGAUAGAUAAAUACCCUUUUUAAAAAACAUUUUUUUUUACAUAACAUGCUAUGAAGCAUCUGUCAUGAUUGGGAAUGCUUUUCUACACAUUGGAAUGUUAUUACAUGGUUAUUACACAGCAUCGGAUCCAAAACCUCACCUCCCCUGCCGUGAGAAGAAAUCCGGAUCACGAUCAUAAACGGUCCGGUCGAGGAAACAAGAACGGCAACCUCUGCUCGAUCUCUCUGAGAUCUUUAACGUAAUGUCCAAACUUAUUUUGAAGUUUAUUGUUUACAGUCGCGUCCCUCGGAAGCUCUUCUCAUAAACUCUCAACUGGUUUAUUGUGAAAUGAUUUUAUUAGCAGUUUCCACUACAAAACCGACACUUUUUUUUUUUUUAAAGUCCUCCUUCAGUUUUGCCGCGCUGUUUUGAUUUUUGAAGAAAUUUUCUUUUUAAAUCCACAAGUUUGGAUGCGCUGCACACUUCCUUUUAAUUAUUAGUGAAGUUGUACAACCGCCGGCCUUUCUCUCUUGUUGGGCUGUUGCCAUGGUGACAAAUAAUGAGAACAGGCGCAUAUGAUUACUGGCUCUCCAAAAAAAAAAAAAAAAAAAAAGCAAAGUUUGUAUUUAUUGUGUACAAAUGUUAAUUAAUAAAAGAAU